AUGGCCAUGCGAGUCAUCGUGCUGCUGCUUGUCACGGCAUCCAAAAGUGCUCAUGCUGCCUUCGAGCCACGAAGGAAGUUACACUGGCCGAGUGCCAAGGCCUCGACAGAUCCCCACGACGAGCACGACAAUGACCGUCACAACUACGAGCACGACGAGCAAGACACUUACCAUGACAACUACGAGCACGGCGUCCGUCACGACGAGCACGGACACGACAAGCACAGGCACGACAAUGUCGACAAUUACCGUGACAGCCAGCACAACGAAUACGGCUACGACGAGCACGGCCACGACGAGCACGGUUACGAGGAGCACGGCCACGGCCACGACAAGCACCGUGACAAUGACCUCGAUCAGCUCGACGGCGACGUCGACGUCGAAGACCGCGUCAACCAGCACCACCGGCACCACCUCGACAACAACGCGAUGCCAGGACGAGCGGAGCUCGUUAAGGAGUCGAGCAGCAGCCCAGUCAUCGUGAAGGCGAGCAAGGAAAAGAAGGAUGAGCCAGAGGUAAAGAAAGCUGAGGAAGUCACGGCUGCGCCGAGUCCGCCGCGACAGAAGAGCCCUCUGGCCCAGAAGGAGGAGGCCAUAAAAGAGCCAGUGAAGGAGAUUGAGGAGUCUCCCAAGAAGGAGUCAAAAGAGGAGGAUGUAGGCAUGGUGCAAGAAGACAAAGCCGAGACCAAGUCUGCGGAGGCAGCUAAGGCAGCUCCUGCAGGCGACGAUCGCGAGGAGCGCCUUCAGCGAUUUGCCAAAGAGAGCCAUCUGAUUCCACAGGCCAUGGAGGCGCUGAGAAACUUGAAGCCUGAUCUCCAAGACAAGAUCAUGGAGGAGGGUCCCAUCAAGCCUGGAUGCAAUCCGAUCAUCGUUCUCAUGAACCGGAUCAAGGAGUCCAAAGACGUGCAGAUGCACUCCGUGCUGAGGGAGUCUUGGCAGCAGGUGCUGCUGACAGGAGAGCGGUUGAGGGCAGCAGCAGAUGCGGAACGUGCUCGGCGCCUAGAGGAGGAGCGGCUCCGGGACGAAGCAGAGCAGCAGCGCAUCUUGGUAUGA